AUGGCAAUUAAGAAGACAUUGUGCUUCACCUUGGUUGUACUUGCCUUAACAUGUCCGGAUGAGAUCUCUGGAGGUAUUUAUCAAUGCAGUUUAAAUGACAUUUCCUUGCAUGAAAACUAACAACCUUUUCUAAUACAAAAUUUUUAAAUGCCAGGCGCAUAUUUCUAACGAUUCGUUCCACUCUAUCCUAAAAAUCAAAUUUAUUCACAUCACUUGUGCUUUACUUUUGAUUGUUCCUCCUCAGAUAAUUUUACAAAAGCAAAUGGACCUCCCGUGUGUUUUGGUGCAAGAGAUACACAAGUGGAAAAGUUUGUAGUUCCUGUAGAUGGCAAAAUGGGAGGCGUAAGGCUGGUCCACCUGUACGGCUACGUGUCUUGUCACACGCCUGGUCACCCUGUGGUUGUGGUUAUGAAGCGUACCAGGAGAUAA